AGUUUAAACGCAUAUUACAUGUUCACUUAUGGAGAUAUAGAUUUAUGACGAAUACGAGGCGCAUUUAUCACUUAACAAUUUUCAAUGUACUAGUUUUGAAAAUGUGUUUAUAAGUGGAACAAAGUUUGGAUUUAUAUUCCUGUCAAAUGGUUUACAUAUUCAUCGUAAAUGCCCAGUGCCAAUAAAUGCUAUUUGUGAAAAAAGUGGUUCUUAAAUUGUAUUUGAAUAAACAACCCCGAGAAAUUAAAACCUAGUUAUCAUCAGCACGAGAAGAGUUAAAAUGCUUAAGGACGGAGUAAUAUUACUCGUAUUAUAUUGGUCGACGUUAGCCCUGGUGAGGGCAGACGGCAAACAGACACUUCUUCCGGGGAAUUUCACAGUGGCAGCCGCCAUGAAGAUAUUCGAGCCUGCUUCUGGUGGUACUUGUGGCCCCAGAGCCGAUGUAAGAUCUGUACAGCUUCUGGAGGCGAUGAAAUGGUAUUUGCAGCAAAUCAAUGAAAAUGGCGGACUGCCUUUCAAAAUAGGACUCGAAGCAUUUGCAACAUGCGGGAGCGAACAGAGAUCUGCGCUUUACGGAAUUGACCUUAUGGCCCGAUCCUUAAAAGCAUCAGCGGAGAUUUCAGACAUCAUUGCAGGAGUUGUCGGUCCUGAGCUCAGCACGGAGGCACGAGUACUCUCUUCUAUCCUCGGAUCAAUAGCCCCGGAACGCCGGUUGUUACAGCUCGGAUUUUCCAGCUCUGCAGUCGAUCUUGGUGACCAGACAUUGUAUCCGAAUUAUGCCAGAGUGAUCCCAUCCGACAGCGUGCAAAUUGAGGUGAUGGUCCAGACAAUGCUGUCUCUCGGUUGGAACCGAAUAGCUGUCAUAUAUGAGGAUACGUCGGACGGGAAAGAAUCUUUCCACAAACUUCAAGCAAGAACUAACGAAGUCGGUAUUUGCAUUUCAUUUUCCAAGCGUAUACACGUUGGUAACGGCAUCAUUUCAACGAAUCUCACGGAUGCUCUGGAUCAAAGCAUAAACGACAAAAUUUUCGGCAUCGUCUUCUUUGGUACCACAAACAUCGCAAACAAAUUGUUCGAUGCCAUGGAAAGGAGUUUGUACACCAACGUCCCGACCGUUCUUCUGCCUGAAGUCAUCAACCAGGAUUUUUCAGUGUUUCAGAAAUUGAACGGUAAUGUUAUAGCUAAAUCAGAAGGUUCGCUAACACUUUCCGCAUCGCAUCUAGAGAUAUCGGAAUUCAAAUCGCACUGGAAAUCGGUGUUUACCAAUGCAACGGUAUUUUCCAAAGAACGUACAACUAAUCCCUGGCUAAUAGAUGUGUACGCUUCAAUCACAGGAUGCGCCAAUACCCAGUGUAAUUUUGUGCCUCUGAGUGAUCAAGCGUUCUUGAAAGCUUUUUCUGAUCCUCAACCAGUCUACGUUCAAUACGCAAUCAUCGCAACGCAUGCAUUGGCCAAGCUUGUUGGUGAUCUCGUAAAGGAAUCCUGUGGCGAUUCUGGAACAUUAUGUAACGGCAUCACUACUUUGUUCAUGCCUGGUUCUAUGAUCGACAAAGUUCAACACAUGCAAAUGAACUUUCAAGAUGAUUUCAAGUGGAGUUUAGAAAGUCUGAGAAAUAAACCACCGGUAACUUUGCACAAAGCAGAAGUUUUCUUGGAUUCGCCAUUCAGCGUGUUUAACUUUAAGAAGACGCCGAACUCGUUUGAAUUUGAAAAGGUAGGGGAUGUUAAAAACGGAAGUCUCACACUGAAUAAAACGAUGCUUUCCCCGAAAGUGCAGUCCGCAGUUUGCUCGCUUGGCAAGCGUUGUGACGAAUGUUUUUCAAUUGCGGAACUUCACGAAGCGGUUCUGUUCGAAGAGGGAGAAGUAUAUGUCGUUGGUGUUAAUCCCAUAUUUCAAGAAGGGAAGACUGGUUGCGGUGAAAUUUAUUCCACAAAUACGUAUCAGAUCGCCGAAUCUAUUAAAUUCGCUGUCAGUGAAGCGAUGCAAGACGACGAACCUUUGUCAGGCAUGAAAAUAGGAGUAAUAAUUUUGAGUUCUUGUAACAACCCAUCUGUGAUUCAGAGAAAGAUUUACUCACUAGUCCACAAUGGUGUAGUGUUGCACAACGGUACACGUUUCAAUAUAAGCAAUAAAAUCAUAGGAUUUGUCGGAGGUCGUGCAAGUUCAAUUAGUAUGGCCAUCGCUGAAGUGUUGUCCAAGCUGCGAUUCGUGCAAAUAAGUUAUUCCUCAACCAGUCCAGCGCUGAGUGACAGAGUAAAAUACCCCUACUUUCUCCGGACCGUAACUCCGGACGACUUCCAGGCUUUGGCUAUGAUUCAGGUGAUAAAGACACUCAAAGCGGACUAUAUCCAAAUGGUUUACAGUAGCGAUGCAUAUGGCGAGGGUGGUCUUGCCAAAAUUAAGGAGGAGGCUUCGAACAACGGAGUGUGUCUAAUACAAGCGUUACCUGUAACAGAAGCCAGUCAAGCUGAAAUCGUCAGAAAAUUGAGACUUUACCCAAGAGCAAAACUCGUAAUUGUCUUUCUUGGUACUAAUAUACUUGAACAAUUCCUCGUAAACCUUCAGUUUCAGGGUUUGAAAAAGGGUGAAUUUGUUUUUAUUGGAUCUGAAGCGUGGGCUAAGAACCAGAACAUCGUCAACAUGAAAGGAGAACAAAUUGUCUUUGGUGCUAUUACCAUGGCUAUUGAGAUAGCUCAGGAUUCCAAACUUGUAGAUGCAAUAAAAAUUAUUACACCACAGCCAUUUUACCAAAAUCCAUGGGCCACACUGUACUUGCAGAACAAACUUAAUUGUUACUUUAGCUCAAGUUUCGAUAAAACUCAGCCUCGACUAUGUCCAAAUGACAGACCGUUGAAUGUGGACAACCUUGCGCUUGAUUUAUCAACUACAUCUUCCUACAUCGCAACCAAGGCUCUGAUACAAGGAGCCACCUCGCAUCAUAAAGCUGAAUGUGGGGCAUCCUUGAAGAAACUUUGUCAGAGUUUCCAGGAUAACCCCGCAAGUUUAGUGUCGCAUAUAAAGGCUACCAGAUUCGACAUCGAGAAAAACGGAAAUAUUAUAAAGCUUUUCAACAGCAAUGGCGAUGGAACAUUAGGAUAUCGGAUUUACAACAUUCAACCGGAAGAAGACAACAAAGAGAACCUCUUUUACAAAGAGGUGGGUCGCUUUCCGCUGGAAGGCACGUUCACGCUAGAGGUAGACAAGUUGGUCUUCCCGGAGGGUAAGGUGACAUCAGUGUGCUUGGAUGAUCGCCACUGCGCCACCUGCAAACCCGUCUCCGUCGUUGACACUACAACGAGUUUGCCAAAGGAGAUUAAUGGUGGCAUGAUUGCACUAGGUACCUUACUCGGUGUUGCCGUUCUUGCGGUAAUAUGCCUUGUGGUUGCGAUAUUCUGUGUGCGGAAAGCACACAUCAAAGACAAAGACAGGAUUUAUCUCAACCCGAUAGAGACCGGUCAGCGUCGCCCGGGUUACACGAAUGCACAGUACGAUGAUCGCCAGUUCGAGCAGGGUCCGCAUAACGGCGGCCCACCGCAACAUCGGCCGGAGGUGAUUGGCAAGAGUCACGAGGAGACGCCCCCGCGCUCUCACGCCGGCAGCAACGAGGCGGAGACCCAGAGUGGUACUUUCCAUGAAAUUAAACCGGAGGAAGAACAGCAAAUGAGCGCAGUGUCAACAAGAUUUACCGCAUUUUAAUGAUGUCAUAUCGUUCGUGUUGUUUUACAUUAUUUCUAUGACUACACCUAUGACUAUGACUACACAUUUCAUGUGAACCGAUAUCGUCAUCUGUGAAUUGUAUAAUGCAAUAUAUUGCUACUUCAUUUGUUUAGUGUUCAUUGCACUAGUAUUCCACUUUAUUUAUUUAUCAACAAAACAUAUGUGUUACUCUUAUGACGCUUCAUUGCCUCAUAUCACAAUUAUAUAUUUAAUAAAUCACUAUUAUAUGUUUACUCAAACACUUAGGUCACAUGUGAUAAGUCAUGUUUAUUUACUUCGCAUACUGUCUGAUUACCAACUGUCGGUGAAGUUCCGGUACAGAAUCGUCAUAGUCUGCCUCUAAAAAAUUUCCGCCAAUCAAAAUCAAAGAAGUAUUCGAUGCAAAAUCACGUGCUUUGAAGCUUCGCCAUGGCUAACAUGAACAUAUGCAGAGACAGAUCAAUUUAUCAAACGUCUUAUCUGUGGUAUUAUGGAAACAUUUGAAAUAUGACAAAUCAAUUAAAAAAUUCACGUGUUUUAUUUGCAAAUUGUUUCAACAUUAGAUAAAAUAAUAAAACAA